UUAAACAAAAUAAAUGUGAUUUUCGAGAAAUCUUCGGAUUCAUGAAGGGAACAAACAACCUGUCUAAACAGGUAAAUUUGAGUUAAUUGACCUCUGCUUGAAACCGAGGCUUAUUAGUUCAAGUCGAAAAUUAAAGACUUUAACUGUAUUCCACCAAAACAGCAUUUUCACAUGUCGGGUCAAGUUAAAAAUUUAUACACACACCAAUUCAAAGAUGCUGAAUAUGAUCCUAAAGCAAAAACAUCAAAAUCAUAAAAUUAUAAAAAACGUAAUUCGGAAACGUGUUUUGAUUGAAAUUAAAGCGAAUAACUUUUUCAUUUCAACUGACAAUAAAAAAUAGCUACAUUUGAAUAACUUCAGUAUAAUACGAAAGCGGUAAUUUAAAACACUUGUUUGUUUUCGAACUUAGUGUGAUAAAAUCUUUUCCGUUUUUACACCAUUACGAUUUUAUUUAAAUCUGAAUAUUUUCUUCUACUACAAAUGUUCAAACGUAAACGCACUAUCAUUUAACGAAUAUUUUGUGCAGCUUCACACGAUGUUAGUUUACUGACAAGGAAGCAUUUAACUAGCAGUUGCGCAGUAUUGUUUUUGUUUUGCACACGGCAAAUGAGUAAAAGUUAUACAAACACCUGCACAGCUUAAACAGUGCAGAAAGUGUUAUGCGCACAGCAUGUUUUGUUAUUAACAAUACUUUGUGUGGGCUGUUUAAUAAUGGAGUAUGGAGCUCAGACGACGUCACGUGAUUGUCCACUUGAUUUUUUUUAUAGUGUUAGAAAAUUCAGGCGCAAAGAUAGUAUUGUUUGGACAUUCCGAUGCAGCAAAAGUUUUACCUGAUUUUGGCGAUAAAUGGUUCAACAGACCUACACCUAAAAGAAGUUUAUUAACAUCAGUUGGGAAGCCUUUUUUGCCAGAUAAACGUUCGUCAUAUAAAAUCUUCGAAUCUGCAAUCGCUCCAGCGUCCCUUCAAAGGUUCAGUACAAGAACGGUAACACCAUUUUCUGGCGAGAAUUUAAAUGGUGGUGAGAAAGCGUUAACACACUCAUCAGAUGUAAAUAGACUAGAACAAACUAUUAAUGGAGAUACUUACUAUGGUAUAAAAUCCUUAGACGAAGCCAAUGCUGCAAAGCUUGCCACCAUGUUGGUUCCAAAUGACAUGGCCGCCCGUACGGCAAAAGGUUUAGCUAUGCCAGAUGCGGACUUAAAUCAUUCCAAUUUAUACGAUGAAGAGACGAAAAUAACGGAAAAGCCUUUGCAACACACAGCAACCAUAAGCAAUGAUUAUAGCGAGAUGGAAGACGUAAAAACUGAGGGUAUGGUAGAAAAUGCAGAACCGAUUGGUGACCACAUGCCUGAACAUCAUCCUGAGUUGGGAGAGAUAAAUGAUAGCGUUCAUCAUGAGGAAUUUUCUCAGGAGUUUCAUCGGAAUGAUAAAGACGCGAAGUAUGAUCCAAGUACAGAGAACUACCAUCAUUAUUCUCCGGAACCUUCUGUUCAUGUGCACGAAGAUUUGAUAAAUCAUGGUAGAUUGUCGCAAUCUCCUUUUCAUAAUACUGCUAUUCCGGAAACAGACGCUUUCAACAGUGAAAAGGAAGCCUUGCACCUUGGGAAUCAUUUUGGAGAUACUUUCCCCCUGACUCCCCCUCCAUCUACAACAGUGCAACCUGUGACUCCUGAAAUUAACAACGAGAUGGCAGAGGUUUUGAAAUCUGAACAUGAAGGAACACAUUACGGUACACUCCCUGAUGACCACCAUACGCACGAGAAAAGCCACCAUCAUCGUAUUACUAUCGAUACCGACACGGGAGAAAUUGUGCACGAGGAAAAAGUUAGCAUCCAUGACAACGGUGACGAAACAGUAAUCAAAACACAUGAAAGACGAGUUCAUCCUAAUCAUGAAUGUAUUGUUAAUUUUAAAAACGAAGAAAAUACCGACCAAGAACUAACUCAUCACCAUAGCCAAAAUCUUAACCAAGAAAAAGAAGAUCACGCAGGUAUAUCACCAUCUGGCACCCUGGAAGACCAUAGUGAUAGCUCAGAUUUAUUGCAUACGCUACCAACUUCUUUUUCUGAAAGUUCUGGUUCUUCACCAAGUGAACACUUGUCUGAAACUGAGACAUCUUCAGCGCAUGAUUAUGACACUGAUGUACACACCACUGAACCAGUUUAUUCGCAAAAAUAUCACAUUCGCCCUGCUGACAAUGAGACUGACCUAAAUACACAAUAUAAAGAGAAAUACCUCUCUGAGAACGCAGAUGGUAAACAAUCAGGACAUAUUGCGGAUAUUAAAAACUCUUUCUCAAAUAAAUCCGAUAAACAGAGCAGAAAGAUCAAUCACAUUGAUUCAGACAAAAGCAAUAAUUUGUCAAAUUCUUUAACAAAAGAUUCAAAAAACCAUCACACGUGGCACACUAAAAAAAGUCACAAAAAGGCAAAAAGCAGAAUUCGGUACGUGCCUAACAAAUUGAUAAGUAAUAUUGGUGAUUCGCAAGAUGAAGUUGAUGUUGAAAUGGACACUAAGGAAAUUCAAAACAUAAAGUCUGUUUUGGCUGACACGCACAGGCAUACCAGUAAAGAUGAUGGGGUGUCGUAUUUACCACACAAAAAAGCAUCUCAUAAUCAUGUAAACGAAGACGACCAUUCCAUAUCCUCUUCCGCGCUGAAUGGGAUUCAGCAUCCUGAACAUGGCUCAGCUAAAGAAAAUCGAGUGGAUUCCUCCAUUCACAAAGAAAAAGACAUUGAACUUAAGUAUAGUCCAGAACGUGCUCAUGAAACUGUACUAUCUAAAGAGAUAGAAGGUAAAAUGGAAAAUAAUGAGAAAGAUGAGUAUUUUGGUGAUGAAGGACAUGGCAUGACUAAUCAAAUUAAAGAUUAUAAACAGUUUCAUAGCAGUGAAAACAGUGAUAAGCCACAAAAUGGUAAAAUGAACUCCGCUGCUGUUAAGGAGAAAUUAGAUUUACUUAAAUCAGACGUUUUAAAAACAUUUGCAGCAAAUAUGUUUAAAUCAACAGGUAGCGACAAAAUGGUGAUGAAAAAUCACCAAAUUAAUGAAGAAAAUAAUGCUGUCCCUGCAAUUAGCCUACCUGAAAAAACAGAACAAACACAUUCUGUUGCAAACGAAGAGAAUAUAGAUCACUUUGAUACAAGGCAUUCCUCUCAAGAAACCCGACACACCCUUUUGAAAUCAAAUUUAAUUUCUAAUAUACAAGAGAAUUUAAAAGACAUCGAUAUGGAAGAUUUAGCAAAACUUCAGGAACAAAUUAAAGGUAUGUUAAAGAAAAAGACAGCGACAGAGAAUGCUGAUAGUCAACCAGAAUCUAACAUAUCUCAUCUGGAUCUUGAUGUGAAAUCGAAUAAAUAUAAAAUACCCGACCAUCAAUUGACUUUACCUAUUACCAACCCAGGACACCCAGAUGAGACAAAUGGUGUACCUACGAGCGAAACAGUAAGACCGCAGACUAAAAUGCCAUUGUUAAAUCCACGCCCGGUUGAUGAAAAAGGGAGUAUUCAGUCUGAUUUUCGUCAGUCAGAGCGUCUUUAUAAAGAACCCACGAAAACAGAAAGAGCAUCAGCAAAAGCUGUAAUUUCCAAUCAUGCAGUAAAAAUUACUGGCAAAGAAAAGGAAUUUGAUCUGCAGCCCUUUGUUGUUGCCAGCAAAUUGUCUAACAUUAUCAAUAAUUAUAAACAUAGAAGACUUGUUACCGUGAACGGGAAAACGAGAUCGUUAAAAAGUCACGAAGGUAAAAAAGCAAAGAAAAAAUAUGAUGAUUCAGCAGAAGAAAUAGAAAAGUACUUUAAGAAAGAAUUUAUCACGCACAUACCUCUCAAAAAAUAUGCGAAAAACAGGGAACAAAGAAAUUGGAAAAGAAGUAAGAUUCCAAGAACUGUACAAAGGUUGAUAAGGCGUGUAUUUUCUGGCUUGCCUUCCUCGCAAGUACAGUAUGACAGCUACACUGCCAAACAAAACUUCAUAAAAGAGUUAGUUUUAAAUGCUGAUACUCCUAAGAUAAGAAAACGAGUUCUGUCGUUAAAGCGAAGUGUCAGGAGUCCUGUUGGUAGAAAGAUCGGUUGAAUUAUAAAAUUGAGGAUUUCUAUUGGUAGAGGGAUUGGUUAAAUCAUUAAAUUGAGGAUUUCUAUUGGUAGAAGGAUCGCUGUACAUGCAUGUUGAGUUAUGUGUUUAUACCUUAACUUACUGAUUCACAAAUUCUCAUAUUGUCACUCAUCAUCCGAACAAGUCUGGGAAGAAACUGUCAAAAAUAAUAUGAACAGUAGAAAACAAACAACAAACAUAUAACUGUAAACUGUUUUUUUAUUAACUAAUCAAAACGCUUUUGUUGUACUAUUCGUAAUCUUUCGAUUUUGUGAAUCACAUAAUUUUUGUAAUUUUGUUUAUAACAAGUGAAAGAAAUACCUUUGAAAACAGCUGGACAAUAACAACUUGUUUCAAAUGGGAUUUUACAGGAAAAUCUAAUUUUCGAAUUUUUAGUUAAAUCCAAACAAUGAGAAACUCUGAUGGUUCAUGGGAAUAGAUUUAAUAACAGAAAUGUAGGUGACUGAUUAAUGGUUAAUAUCACAAUUUUGCUAAUGGAAACUUAAUACCUUAUUGUAUUGCCAGCUUGGUAGUUGAUUGGUCAUUGCUUUUCUUUAUUAAAUAGUCAAUUUUGUCUGAAUUUAAAAUCUUCAUUUAAUACCACCAAUAAUAAUCAAUCUGGGUUUGGUAAAGUAUUUAAACACACAAUCAAUCCACGUUUCCCGAAUUACACGUUUUUUAUAAUUUUAAAAUUUUGAUGUUUUCACUUAAAGAUCAUAUUUAGCAUCAUUAAACUUUGUUGUGCAUAAGUUAUUAACCCAAAUGAGAAAAUGCUAAUUUGUGGUAUUAAUGUAACCGUCAAAGUCUUCUUAAUUUUCGA